CAAUGGUUGAAGCAGUGGCGGCAAUUCUGCAAAUUAUCUAUCUCUACAACUUCGGUUGCAACUUCAGAACUGAAAAAGCGAACAGCUGGUUCUCUUCCAUCAAAUUCAGAUGGUUUUUUUUUUUUCGUUCUUCGUUACCAGCCAGCCGCCAUCACCGCUCGAUCGAAACGUCCGGUAAUGGACGAACCGGCCGCUGCUCCUCCCUUAAAAAGGCUUCGCCGAGAUAGCUUAGAAGAGCCAGUAGGAGGUGGGAGACGAAGAGGCAAUGGUAGCUCUCCCGUACCACAACGUUGAUUGCAGCCUCCGUGCCCUUGCUGGUAAGGCCGAGGGUUUUGGUAGGCACGCCAUUGGUGGCCUCCAUGGCGCUGUGUAUGCCGUCACCAACUUGAAUGAUGAUGGAUGUGGUUCUCUCCGUGAGGGUUGUCGCAGAAAGGAGCCACUUUGGAUAGUUUUUGAAGUUUCAGGAUCAAUUCAGCUUUUGUCAAUUUUGAGAGUAUCUUCUUACAAGACCAUUGAUGGUCGAGGACAAAGGAUAAAGAUAACUGGCAAAGGCUUGAGGUUAGCCGAGUGUGAACAUGUCAUUAUAUGUAACUUGGAGUUUGAAGGUGGUAGAGGAGAAGAUGCUGAUGGUAUCCAAAUAAAACCUAGAUCGAGACAUAUUUGGGUAGACCGAUGUAGUUUGCGUGAUUUUGAUGAUGGAUUGAUUGACAUUACCCAAGAAAGUACUGACAUUACAAUUUCAAGAUGUCAUUUCUCCAUGCAUAAUAAAUCAUUAAUAAUUGGAGCUUCUAGCAGCAGUAUUAGUGAUCGAUGCAUUCGAGUGACAAUUCACCACUGUUUUUUUGAUGGAACGAAGCAAAGACACCCACGUGUUAGAUUUGCAAAAGUUCACCUUUACAAUAAUUACACAAGAAGUUGGGGAAUAUAUGCCGUUUGUGCUAGUGUUGAAUCACAGAUUCUUUCUCAGUGCAACAUAUACGAAGCUGGGAAGAAGAAGUUGGUUUUUAAAUAUCUCACAGAGAUGGCAGCUGAUAAGGAAGAGGGUACAUCAGGAUGGAUCAAAUCUGAAGGCGACAUGUUCCUGAAUGGUGCUCAGCCUUGUCUACUGCAAGAUGGAGGUUGUGCCUGUUUAUUUGAGGCUCACGAACACUACCAGACUUGGACUAUGGAACCUGCUUCUUCUGCCCUCAAGGCGGCACUUCAGCGUUGUGCUGGAUGGCAGCCUAUAACAAGGCCGUCAGACUGCCUGGGUGGCCAUUGAAAGUGCUUAAUUCUUUAGCACCGAGUAUGAAGGCAGGGAAAUGCUUUUAGCAUUUAUUUAGAGUUGGCACUAACACAAAUCUACGGGAAUGGGAUGCUGAAGUGGGACCCGCAUUUGCAUGAGCCAUCUUGUUGGACAAGAGAUAUUUAUUUUAUUUCUAUGUUGGACAAUAAACAUUCUUUAUGAAAGAUUUGCAUACAUACCUAUCAAUUCCUAUGUAUUUAUAUAUC